UAAUUUAUUUGUACCCUGCCCAUCCGGCUGGGUUACCCCAGCCACUCUGGGCAGCUUCCAACAAAGAUUAAAAUACAUUAAAAUGUCACACAUUAAAAAAUUCCCUAAACAGGGCUGCCUUCUACGUAUCAUAGGUUUUCCAUGCUGUGUGGUCUGAGUAUAUAGAAUAAGUAGCGAGCACCUUUUAAGAAAUUUUAAAGUGACACCAUUAAUGACCUUAACUGGUAAAUACCAUUUGUGGAUUUUGUCAACUAAGCUUGGAUAAAGUCAUGUCUGAUUAAUCCAAACAACUGUCUCUGGAGCUAUGUAUACUAAAUUUAGUGCCCUUCAUUCUAUUAAUGCUGUUGAGUAUUGGAUUAAGCUAAUUCGGUAACAAGCUUUCCUUUAGAUUAGUAUGGCACAGCCAUUGUGGAAGUGGGGUUUCUGAAGGUCAUUUAACAAUUCAGCUGUAUCCUUUGGACUAUAAGGAUUUUUUUUGUAUAUGACUUGAGACCAUGGAAUUUAAUGGAAUUACUUAAUAUUUUUACAAAUUGUGAGGGACAGGAGCUACAGACAGCCCCCUCCCAUCUUGAACACGAGCUCCUCGCCCAGCGGAAGUGGGAGCGGGGAGGGGGAUAUUUCGAGUGGGGAUUCAGGAAGCAGAAGCCCGGGCUCAGGCAGGAUAGCUGAGCCCAGGCGCCGCCUGGGAACGGAAAGGGGAAGCAGGGAAACCGUGGGAAAGAGACCGAUCCCAGCGACCCCGGAAUUGCGUAAGAAGCGCCGGGGGAGGAGAUUUAGUAUUCCCAGGCUACUUUGCUGGAGGAAAACGCGGGAAUCCCCAUUCGGAGGUUCUGCGCCAGACUGAGAACAUGUACUGUACUGACAAACUGUAUAUAGCACUGUUUCAGCACUGUAAAUAGAUUGCACCAAUAAAAGGAUAAAAUGCAGAGCUGUGAGGAGUUGUUACUCUAAAGUAGCCACCUGUGACACAUAUGCAUGAUGUUCCUCUUCCCCUCCAUCCCACUGUCUCCCACAUAACCAGAAACUGCACUGGGCAUUAUAUCUUGUUUGCAGUAUGCCUUGGUGAAAUGUGGAAGUAGUUUCAAGUUUUUGAUGAAGGGGAUACAAUGGUUAAUUAGAUGUUUCUAAUUAUUUCAUUGUGGCCACUAUGAAGGGGAGAAGAGAGAACAGGCUGCGUAUACAGGCAAAAGGCUCAUUUAUAUCUCAGUUCCUUAAACUUGAGGUAAAGGUAAAGGUAAAGGGACCCCUGACCAUUAGGUCCAGUCGUGACCUACUCUGGGGUUGCGGCGCUCAUCUCGCGUUAUUGGCCGAGGGAGCCGACGUACAGCUUCCAGGUCAUGUGACCAGCAUGACAAAGCCACUUCUGGCAAACCAGAGCUGCACACAGAAACACCGUUUACCUUCCCGCUGUAGAAACACCGUUUACCUAUUUAUCUACUUCACUUUGACGUACUUUCAAACUGCUAGAUUGGCAGGAGCUGGGAACUGAGCAACGGGAGCUCAUCCCAUCACAGGGAUUCAAACCGCCGACCUUCUGAUUAGCAAGCCCUAGGCUCUGUGGUUUAACCCACAGCGCCACCUGCGUCCCUUAAACUUGAGUUAGGAUUAUCUAAAUUCAUCUGGAGCGUGCCAUUCUAGUAGAUCUUUCCCCAGUUAGAUCUAUUUGUGAAGAAUUCUUACACCCACAGUUCCUUUAGUGUUCCUAUGCAAAUUUCUUACUUUUCAAUGUAUAUUUUCUUUCUCUUUCAACUGUGGGUGUGAUCAAGUUUGCUUCCUGCUUAAAUUGCAGUGAAGUUGAACAUACUGUGUUUGACUUAGAAGCCAGGUUUGAUGUCGAACUGCUGGCAAGCUGCAGCUGGGAACAGGACUCUUUUCUGACCUAGACUUAGUUAAAAAACACACAUGCCUCCAUUUUAGUCCAAUUAUUGUUUUCCCCGCCCCACCCUAGUUUAGUGAAGGGGAAAAGAUAUUGAAGCUUCAUUUGCAGAACGCACCCACUAUUUCAUCAAGAUUGGGUGGGCUUAUUAUACCAGAGGCACUACUUGUUUUAAUGUAUGUUUGGAAGUAAUAAGGAGCUUGUUUUUCAUCAAAGGAGAGCUUUAUCAAUUAAAGAUCAUGCUUUUUUGCCUUUUUUUUUUUGCUUCUGAAGCCAUAACUUAAAAAAGUGUUAAGCAACCACAACAGUGUAAAUGUAUAUAGAACACGGUGACUAUAACAGUUUUACAAUACAUCUCACAUACAAUGCAAUUAUGUAUUUAAAGCGUAAGAGGUUAUGUAGGCAAGAUGGCAGCCAAUAGGAGUCUCAAGAAUGUCCGUGGAAGAGUAGAUGUGUGAGCAUAUGCCCAAAUGAGCUCCUCCCGCUGUAGGGGCUACUUCUCCGCAACCACCAACACACAGGUCUGUUGAUCCAUUAAUUCCGCUUGUGUUGCCCAUAUAGAGAUAAGGCAGGCGGUAUUUGUUUAGACUGCAGAGUGCUUUAAAAGAAAAAGACACAACCCACAAAACUGCAGCACACCCGUGGUGCACUGGUAAUGCACAUUUUCUACCGACCCCAUGAAAUGGAUUAUAAUCACAGCAUUUUUCAUGUUAAGAAAAGAGAAGGAAAAAAACCCAUCUAUAAAUUCAUUAACAGCUUUCCUAAAAUUCGUUGCUAAGAAGUAUUUUUUUAAAAAGGUCAACCCCCCCCGUAACCCCUAUAAUAAAAAAGCAAAAAGCCACAAUUCAGUGAGGUGAGGCUUACAGCAAGUUCUUUGAAGUUGAGAAGAAUACUGAUUUUGACUGUGUUCCUUAAACCGACACCGGUUUAUUAAUUGUGAUAGCACACAUGGACUUGACAAUUUCAUUACAGGCCAGUUUAGAUGUUAGAGUUCAGUGCUGCUUUCCACCAUCUUCUUUAUUAUUUAUUUAUUUAUUUUUAAAAUUUCUAUGUCGUCCUUCACCCAAGCAUCAGAGGGCGGUUUACAACAUAAAUAAUAAUAAUACAUAAACAUACAGUGGUGCCUCGAGUUACAAAUGCCUCAGGUUACAAACGCUUCAGGUUACAAACUCCGCUAACCUGGAAGAGUUACCUUGAGUUGAGAACUUUGCCCCAGGAUGAGAACGGAAAUCGUGUGCUGGUGGCGCAGCGGCAGCAGCAGGAGGCCCCAUGAGCAAAAGCAUGCCCCUAGUUAAGAACAGUUUCAGGUUAAGAACAGACCUCCGGAACGAAUUAAGUUCAUAACUAGAGAUACCACUGUAGUAACAAAAAUACCUCCCCCCCCCCAUUUUCACUAGCUAAGAGCCUGCGAGAAGAAGAAUGUUUUUGAAGGUGCCAGGUCACAGAGCUGUUUAUAUUGGUGUGCACGUCCCCUUUGGAAAGCAGGGUCGACGACGUCAUAAGCACCGUGGACAUAAGCAUCAUAGAAGAAGAAAAGAAAAGGAAACUGACAAAGAAGAUGGGCGAGAAUCUCCAUCCUAUGACACACCAUCCCAGAGGGUACAAUUUAUCCUGGGUACCGAGGAUGAUGAUGAAGAACACAUUCCCCACGACCUAUUCACUGAAAUGGAUGAGCUUUGCUUUAGAGAAGGAGAAGAAUAUGAAUGGAAAGAAACUGCCAGAUGGCUAAAAUUUGAAGAAGAUGUUGAAGAUGGUGGUGAUAGGUGGAGCAAACCUUAUGUGGCUACCCUGUCUCUGCACAGUCUCUUUGAACUGAGAAGUUGUAUCUUAAACGGGACAGUCAUGUUGGAUAUGAGAGCCAGUACGCUGGAUGAAAUAGCAGAUAUGGUAUUGGAUAACAUGAUAGCUUCAGGUCACCUGGAUGAAUCUAUGAGAGAUAAUGUCAGAGAAGCUCUUCUGAAGAGGCACCAUCAUCAGAAUGAAAAAAAAUUCACUAAUCGGAUUCCCCUUGUCCGAUCCUUUGCAGAUAUAGGCAAGAAACAUUCUGACCCUCUCUUGCUUGAAAGAAAUGGGGAAGGCCUUUCAGCCUCCCGCCACUCUUUACGAGCUGGUCUCUCUGCCUCAAAUAUUUCCCUGAGAGGAGAGAAUCGCUUAUCCCUUCUUCUCAAUUACCUUCUUCCUGGAUCUCCAGCCGCCUCAAGGAGCGCAACCCCUUUACCUACCCCACAAAGCACUCCACCUUCCAGUCCUAGGUGCGGUCACAAGGGAACCACAAAUUUACCACCAGCUGAGCAUCAGGGUGCUGAACUCCUAGUGUCUCCUUCUAGUGAUGAUAUCCCUAAAGUAGUAAUUCAUCCACCUGAGGAGGAUUUAGAAGCUCAGGAAAGCAAGGAGAAGACGACAGAGGAUAAUAUUGACAUAAUACCAGGACUUCUUGCAUCGCCACAAUCUGCACCCGGUAAUUUGGACAUUGGAAAAAGUGGAGAACUUAAAAGCAGUGGAACAGGGGGAAGUAGAGAAAACAGCACUGUUGAUUUCAGCAAGGUAGAUAUGAAUUUUAUGAGGAAGAUUCCCAUAGGUGCAGAGGCAUCAAAUGUGUUGGUGGGAGAAGUGGAUUUUUUGGAGAGACCAAUUAUUGCUUUUGUGAGGCUGGCCCCCGCUGUACUUCUCUCAGGCCUUACAGAAGUUCCUGUUCCUACCCGAUUCCUUUUUCUUUUGCUGGGUCCAGCAGGCAAAGCGCCCCAAUACCAUGAGAUUGGUCGAUCAAUAGCAACACUUAUGACAGAUGACGUUUUCCAUGAUGUUGCUUAUAAAGCUAAAGACCGAAAUGAUCUGCUCUCUGGAAUCGAUGAAUUUUUAGAUCAAGUAACAGUUCUGCCUCCCGGAGAGUGGGAUCCAUCUAUUCGAAUUGAGCCACCCAAAAGUGUUCCUUCUCAGGAAAAAAGGAAGAUACCCAAAUUUCCAAAUGGAGCUGCUUCUCCUGGAGAGUCUCUUGAAGAAGGCCAUCAUGCUGGACCUGAGCUACAGAGGACUGGAAGGCUUUUUGGUGGUUUGAUACUUGACAUCAAAAGGAAAGCACCUUUUUUCUUGAGUGACUUCAAGGAUGCAUUAAGUCUGCAGUGCCUGGCCUCGAUUCUUUUCCUAUACUGUGCCUGUAUGUCUCCUGUAAUCACUUUUGGAGGGCUCCUUGGAGAAGCUACAGAAGGCAGAAUAAGUGCAAUAGAAUCUUUAUUUGGAGCAUCAUUAACUGGGAUUGCCUAUUCACUAUUUGCUGGGCAACCUCUGACAAUAUUGGGGAGCACUGGACCUGUCCUAGUAUUUGAGAAAAUAUUAUUUAAAUUCUGCAAGGACUAUAAACUUUCUUAUCUCUCUCUACGAACCAGCAUUGGUCUGUGGACAUCAUUUUUAUGCAUAUUGUUAGUGGCGACUGAUGCAAGCAGCCUUGUGUGUUACAUCACUCGAUUUACCGAGGAGGCUUUUGCUGCUCUUAUUUGCAUAAUAUUCAUAUAUGAAGCACUGGAAAAGCUUUUUCAAUUGGGAGAAAUGUAUGAAUUCAACAGGCACAAUGACCUGAAUAAAUUGACAUUGUAUUCAUGUGUGUGUGCAGAGCCUCCAGACCCCACCAAUGAAACAGUAGCGCAAUGGAUGACAGCCAACAAAUCUGUGGAUACUAUACCAUGGUCUAACCUCACAGUUAAACAAUGCACAGAUCUUCACGGCGUGUUUGUUGGAUCAGCCUGCGGCCACCAUGGUCCAUAUUUCCCAGAUGUUCUUUUUUGGUCCGUCAUACUGUUCUUUACAACGUUUUUUCUUUCCUCUUUCCUCAAACAGUUCAAGACCAAACGUUAUUUCCCCACUAAGGUGCGGUCUACAAUAAGUGAUUUUGCUGUAUUUUUGACAAUAGUGAUCAUGGUUCUCAUUGAUUAUCUUGUGGGGGUUCCUUCUCCUAAACUUCAUGUGCCUGAAAAAUUUGAACCCACACGAAGUGAUCGGGGAUGGCUCAUAGAUCCACUAGGACCUAAUCCUUGGUGGACACUUGUAAUAGCUGCAGUUCCUGCUUUACUCUGCACCAUUCUUAUUUUUAUGGACCAGCAAAUUACAGCAGUUAUCAUAAACAGGAAAGAACAUAAACUCAAGAAAGGUGGUGGAUAUCAUCUCGAUCUGCUCAUGGUUGGCAUGAUGUUAGGUAUAUGCUCAAUUAUGGGCUUGCCUUGGUUUGUGGCUGCAACUGUUCUUUCUAUAAGUCAUGUUAACAGUUUAAAAGUAGAAUCCGAGUGUUCUGCUCCUGGGGAGCAGCCAAAGUUCCUGGGAAUUCGUGAGCAGAGAGUGACAGGAUUAAUGAUCUUUGUGUUGAUGGGGCUGUCCGUAUUUAUGACAUCUGUAUUAAAGUUUAUUCCAAUGCCCGUUUUAUAUGGUGUUUUUCUUUACAUGGGAGCAUCCUCACUAAAAGGCAUCCAGUUUUUUGACCGUAUCAAAUUGUUUGGAAUGCCGGCCAAACAUCAGCCUGAUUUGAUCUAUCUGCGUUACGUGCCACUCUGGAAGGUUCAUGUAUUUACAGUAGUUCAACUCACCUGUCUAGUUCUUUUGUGGGCAAUUAAAGCAUCUGCUGCUGCUGUUGUUUUUCCUAUGAUGGUUUUAGCUCUAGUUUUCAUUCGCAAACUUUUGGAUUUGUGUUUCACCAAACGGGAGCUCAGUUGGCUUGAUGACCUUAUGCCAGAAAGUAAGAAGAAGAAGGAAGAUGACAAAAAGAAAAAAGCAAAGGAAGAAGCUGAACGAAUGUUUCAGACAGUGGACAGUGAAACUAUACACCUUCCAUAUGACAGAGGCGAUGUGUUAGAGAUUCCUGUGAAAGCUCUAAAAUACAGCAUUGAUCCUUCUGUUGUAAACAUAUCAGAUGAAAUGGCCAAAACUGCACAGUGGAAGGCUCUUUCCAUGAACACAGAGAAUGCCAAAGUAACAAGAUCUAACUUGAGCUCUGAAAAAGAAGAGUGUGUGAAAAUAGACAUGGAAAAUACUCCUGAAACAAAGUAUGUAGAUGCUGAAACCUCAUUAUAGAAGUGAACAAGGGUAUAUAUUAUUUUAUAGGAUAUACUGUAAAAGGGUGACUUCACCUCUUCUUUCAAGUACUGAAAUUCGAGAGAUAUGGAUACUGUAUGCACAGCAACAAGACUUUCAGACAAGAUAGAAGUGAUGUCCACUCUGGAAAUAUUUAUUUUUAGUGGAAUGUUUUUCAUUUUUUUAAAUAGGAAAAUUAAAAAUUCUUUUUAGUUAUCAGUACAUGCAUUGCAUGUCAAAUCAUCUUUAAUUGUGAAGUAUUGGUUGCAUUGUUUAUAACUUUCUAGUAUGUAGUAGUUUUUAUAAUUUAUUGCAGUACAUGUCAAAUUUUCAGGCAAUUACUGUUUGGGUGUUUGCAAAAUGUUCUAAAUGUCAGUCUCCCUAGGAAAAAAACCCCCAAUGCCCUUUCAUAAAUGACUUUAUUUUCAGCCCAUUCUCACUUCAUGUUGCUGUUUUAUGAGGAUUUAAAUGGUUAUCUGUGAGAAUGAUUUAUUAGUCCUAAAUUAGUAUAACACUAAACACAGUGUUGUUGCCUUUCCCAUGUUCCCAUAAGUCAUGGAUACCACAGUACCUAUUCAUAGUGCAUAUUUUGUAUACAGAUUAUUUUGCCUCCAUUGAAAUUAAUGAGGCAUUAUUUAUACAGGGUCUGCAGAUUUGAAUACACAUGUAGGCUCCAAAUUAAGGUUCCUGAUUUAAAAUGUAAGCUUAACAGACUUCAAUUAUCCAAUGAGUUUGUUUCCUUUUCCUGCAUGUGCAUAAUAUUAAUUGAUCUCUGAAAAUACAUUCAGAGUGGUGAGAGCAGGGGAUUCCUGAUUCAGAAGAGGGUUUGCACUGGAAUCUUGCUUUUAAACAAAGGGCUUUCGAACAGCCCCACACAGACUCAGAGCAGCCAACAUGUAGGGUGGAGGGAGUGUGCCUCACAGAGGAUGGAAGACAGAGCAAGUUAGCAAUCACAGAGCCAAUCCUGACUCAAUCAAUAGAACUCAGUAUCUCAAUGCUAUUACUUGGAAGGCUUGGAUCCAGACAUUUAUGUGAGGGGAAAAAACACUUCCACUUGUGAAAGGCAACCCAGCUGAAUUUAUUCCAUUUCCUCAUCCAGCUGCUGCCCCCAUACCCCAUUCUACAUUCUAGAGAGUCUACUGGCCCUUAGGAGAUGCUUUGGGCAACCACAGGGCCUAGAGCAGGGGGAAGGAGCUAGGAGAGCCUGUUGCAUGAACAGAGUUCUGCUUGAGUGUUUCAAGAUCCACUCAAUAUGUUUGGAACUGCAGCUUGCUUAUAAAAUAUUAGGCCAUGCACAGAAGUAAGUUGCAUUGACGUCAAUUGGUGCUUAAUUUUUAAGGCAGUGAAUCAGGGUCCAAAGCUGUGCAUGCAGAGCUUCUGCAAUGUGGAGGAUGUGCAAAUGAAAUUAUACCCUGUAUCAAGGAAAGAUCUUGUAUUUGCUGGAUCUUCAUGGUACCUAUCUGAAAAUCCCACACAUAUGAAGAAGGCCCCUAAACUGGAGCCACUGUGUUUAGCAUCAAGGUGUGAGGAUUGUGCAAUACAUUAAUCUCUAUGCAUUUGAAGGAAUAUAACAACUUUAUUUAAGUUCAAAUUAAAAGGCAAAUUAAACAUGCAAGGUCUUCAAUUUUAAAAGCAUAUUGCUUUAUUAUCUCCUCUUACUGAAGUCAGUUGUAUAAAUUGCUAGCCACACCGGAACAGGGAUGCGGGGGACUGACCCCGCCUGUCAUGGUUGGACUCCAAUUCCCAUCAUCUGCAGCAAAUAUGGCCAGUAGUCAGGGAUGAUGGAAGUUGUAAAUAAAUCAUCUGGAGGUCCCAUCCCUGCACCAGAAUAUUAAUGCUCAUUUCUUUCUGUGGCAGAAUCAAGCACUUUUGUAUAUCUGUCCUGAUGAAAUGCACAGGACUUAAGGCUUGAACUGCAGCUGUAUAGUAUCUGUUUGCCAGCAUGGACUUCAUUCAUCUUGCCCACAGUAACCAAUUCUUCUAAAAGUGAAAUGGCAGCAACUGGUGAAGCCAUUCAUUGGUAGGAAUCACCACAGUGGAACGAUCAAAUAGGUCUUUAAAGACCACUAUUGGAAGUGGUGGAUGAUGUAAACAUAAAACGUAUAGUUACUGACUGGUUAGGAGCUUCAAGUCCAUAUGGACCUCUCAUGCUAGCAGAGAUUCUUAGUGGAGUCCAUCAUCACUACUACCUCCCAAAAGUUUCCCAUUAAGAAUGUGCUUUCUUUUCCCUCCUUGAUUGCCUGGCAGCAUGCAAUUCCUGUUAGCAAACUGCCUCACCACUUGUUACUGAAGAAUGCUGUUCAUAUGAAAACUUAAGAUCCUCAAACCUUGCAAAGAAGUCUAGUUGUUGACAUUGCUCACAAUUGUAAUAGAAGCCACAUAACUUAUUUUCGGUCAAUAAUGAAUAUUUGCACCUCUCUUUGUGCUUUCUGUCAAAAGAAGAAUUUGCGCAUGUCUCCCACAGAACUUUUCACUGGGGAUAUGGCAAGAAGUGCAUGUUGGAUCUUGAAAGUAACUUGGUGCACCCAGUGGAACAUUUUACUUUUCUGAAGAGCAAAUUCAUGUACCAUGCAGUUGACUGCUUUUGAAAAAGCUGUUUUCAGGGCAGAACCAGAGGAGUGAAUAAGUCCCACAGUAGAAAAGCAAAUUGUGGGGCUUAGCAAAAGCAACUGUGCUUAGUGACCUGAAACAAAUGAGAGCAAGUAAUGGGAACAGAAACCUAUGGAAUUGACACUUAAGAUUUACUUGAACAGUGGCAUUUCCUUUUAUUUUAUUUUAUUUUUAAAUGCUGCUAAAUGUAUUCACAGUUCAAAGAAAAAGUUAACCCUAUUAAAUCAACAUGUAGGGAUAAGGGUCAUGUCAGUAAACAGAAGAGCUGAUGCCUCAGCACCAUCAGAUUAGCUUAUCUUUGCUAUUGGUAAGAGUAUAGCUAUAAUGUUCAUUCCUGGAUGUUCACGUAGCUUGUGCCUUAGCCUUCAGAAAAUAUGCACUUUUUCUUUAUUUGAAAAUCAUGACCACCUGUCACUUACCCCAUCUCUUUCACAAAAGGUGUGUUCAACAUCUUCAACAAUCACGUUUGAAAACAAAUGUGUUCUAUUUGGUACAGUAAAAAAAACAACAACAAUCAUGCCUGUAGCUUUCAGAGUUAUUCACACUCGUCUUCCAUUACUGAAAAAUUACUGUGGGUAGUAAUUUGCAAAGAUCCAAACAGAUUGUCUUGAAUUUUAACCCUUUGUUUUCUAAGCCUAUAAUUCCAUAAUGCUGAACAGUUCGUAUCAACUUUUCAGUGCCAAAGGGUUAAUAAUUUUGGUAACUUAAGCAAAGAUCUGAAAACUACUUAGAAUCACAAUAUUUAUUUUAAUUAUGUAAAAAUAUUAUACAGUGCCAGGCAUAACCAUGACUUGCAAUGUAGUUUACAUUGAUUGUUUCGAUGUUGUUUGUUAAUGUUAUCUUACACAUCUGAUAGCAUAUUAAAUCCUGAUGACAUGCUGAGAAUUCCAGUGGUAAAAUCUAGGUUAUUUACUGCUUAUUAUACUGUAUAAACGUUCUUUCCUUCUCCAUAAUUAAAAAAAAGGAUAGUAUUAAAGUAAGACAGUGAAGGACAGAACUUUUACUGUACCUAGAUAUAAAUGUUGCCUUAAAAGGUGUAAAUGAGUAAACUUUACUGUGCACUGAUUCACCUUAGGGUGGAACCUAAUUUAAAGCCAGUAUAUUUCCAUUAAACCAGUAGACUAAAUAGUUGAGCACUUUUUUAGAUACCUUGGUUGCCUCCUGGGGAGCAAAUUAGUUUACUGUGUAAAAGGCUGCAGAGCCACCCCAGGAAAUGUGCUUAUUCUGGUUUUUUGUUUAACUUUUUUUAAAAAAAACUUUUACAGGAAAGAUGUCUGCAUUUUAAUACUGGCAUCUUCUGUAAAGAACAUUAGUGUCACAAUAGAAUCUAAACAACCCGGUGUUUUUAGUUUGUGUAUGAACUUGUAAAACUCUGUUCUAGAUAUGCACAAACAACUCAUUAUGCUUAGUUUGCAGUGUUCCAUGCUGCAAACCGUGUUUAAGGCAGGUUAUUCCAGAUUAUCAAGAUAAUCAACAAAAAUGUGCAAGAUAGUGUACAAAGCAUGUCAGUCAUUUAGCAUCCAACAGAACAUUUCUCUCCCCCCCCCUUCAAACACAUUUAUCUCUAUGUACAGUAGUCUUGUAAAAUGUGCCCAUUGUAAAAGUAAGUUCCAAGUGUAAAAAAUGUCACGGAUAGAUGAAAUGCAAAACCAAAAUGCACUGGUAUGCAUUGUUUAAAGGGGUUAUGUAUUAUACAUAUGUUUUAUACAUUGUGUUUGAAGUUACCAGUUCAGAGUUUGUAGAUCAUUAGCACAACAUUUUGAAUGUAUUUUGCUUUUGCUUUUCUUAAGUUUGGUCAGUAAUUUAAUGGUUUUUUAGAAUGAUUGAUUAUAGGUGCCAUCCAUUACCUAAUACAGUACAAAUGUUGUGAAGAACCAUUUAUUUUAGUGAAUGUACAGGCACAUAGUUGUAUGUCAAUAUAUACUUGUAUUCUGAAUACAAAAUAAUUGUCUUGUGGUUUUACUACUUGCAGUUUUUUAUUUUAAAUCUUUUUAGUAAAUUUGUCAAUUAUAGGAAAAUGGUUGCAAUUGGUGUGAAAAUAAAGUUUUUCAUAUUUAGUACAUAUUGUCACUAUUUGGCAGUCUUGGAGUAACUUAUUUAAUGCCAGGUUUUUAUAAUGCAAUUUAUUAGUCAGGAGAUAAAUUCCUUUGUAACAUUUCCCAUUUGUUAUUGAUGCUUUGUUGUGUAAGUGUGUCUUCCAGUGUUCAGAGCUGAACAAAAACAUUUUCUUUGAUUUGCAGUGUGAUUCCACACUUUAUUCCAGUUUUUAUGACAGUUUUCUAAUUGCAUAUAACAUUUCCUUUUAUAAUAAAAUCCAAAGCAAGUUAACACUGUUCCAAAUGUAGAAACAAUAUUUUAUUAAUUUAUAUAAUGCCUACAAAAAAAUUCUCCAACAUGUACUGUGAAAAAUCCAGCCUUUAUAAUUUGUUUAAUGAAUGUUGCGAAAACUAUUUUUUGUAAUGUUUCAAAAAGUUGACAAAAAGCAAUAAAAUGCCACUGAAUUUAA